AAAAUAAUCAAAUGACGAAAAUGCCCUUCUUUUAAGCCUCCGAUGUUGAAAAUGCCCCCGCAGAAGAACAAAAAACCAGUAAAACCCUACCACGCUUGGAAAUGGGAUUCUUCCUCCUCAGAAAAUCAAUUCCCAGAAUACCCUCAUUUCUCCCUCGGAACUUCAGAAUCCCCAUCCUCUUCCUCUCCUCUCCUCCUCUCUCCACACCACACUCGUACUCGCAACCUCCGCAUUCCGACUCGCACCGAAAAAUCCAAUCUGACGUUACCAUUUCUCAGACGCCCUCCAAAACCCUCCAAAUUAGGAAAAUACCAAGCUCUUCUCAUCAAAGCCCCGGUAUCCGUUCCUUCGGUUCCCAGGCGAUCUCCGAGCUCAGAACAUCCGACGGUCUGACUGUCGAUGACAUCGUGGCCCGGUCAUGGCCCAUACUCGAUGAGAACGAGAGCGAUUGGAAGAGCCACUCGGCCGCGAUUGCUCAGUCGAUUCAGCUGAUCAAGAAGCGGUUGCAGUGGAGAAAGAUGAUACUCAGGGUGGAACAGCUGUCUGCACAGUUGAACAAAUCAGACCUUUGGGAUGACCCUGUUUAUGCUGGGAGGGUUAGUCGUGAGCAUGGGAUGUAUAUGGGCAAGAUGAAAGAGGUGAAUGGAUUCGAGCAAGAACUGCUUGACCACAUUGAUAUGCUGAAGCUUGCACGUGAAGAGAAUGAUAGAGAACUGGAAUCGGACUCCAUGAAAGCUUUACUGAGGAUGAGAAGAAUUGUGAAGGAGAAAGAACUUGAGGCAUUGUUAGCUGGAGAUCGUGAUUCUUGUUCUUGCUUUAUAGAGGUUAUUUCUUUUUCUCCAUGUUGUUGUAACCUAUUUAAAUGCAGGAAGGAACAGAUUGAAGUCAGUUUCCCUCAAUUUCAGAGUUGGUUCUUAUAUUGUACUUUCUCAACGAGUCAUCUGCAAAUAUGACCUUUGUCUAAUAACAUGUUUGUCAGCAGUCACCUUUCUCAGUACUUGUUCCUAUACUCUCCAAGAUGUACAUGAUAGCCAAAUGAAAAUAAGAUAUGCUGUCAUCUUCUUUCUUUGGUUAGAUUAGAUUGAUGAUCACAUGGAGAUGUUUCUCUCUUGUUCGGGAGAUGGUGAUCGUGUAAGGAAGGUAGGAUUCUCUUGCUCCAGCAACAAGAGUCAAGGGAGGAGUUGCGAUGGAUUGUGAAGUCGUGACCAUGAAAGGAGUAAGUUCUGAUCAAGUCGGCACAGUUGAGAAAGGGGCAGGGAUAGAGGAGGAAGCUUGUAGUGAGAUGGAUUCAGGUCUCAGGGAAAAAAUCGUACUGGAGGAAGCUGACUGUCAUCAUCUGGAAGAGGAGGCAAGAAGGUGAAUGCUGAUGUUGGAGCUCCAGAGGAAGACGAUGAUAGUGGCAGUGCAGAGUGGUGGAGAAGAGGAAAAAUGGCCUUUGUAUGAGGGACAAGCCCCCCUACAGGAACUUCCCAAGUAGAUCCCGGAGUGUUCGGAGUAUGAGUUUAGGAGGGUCUUCAAGAAGUAUGGAGUGGUGAGGGAAGUUUGUAUUCCAAGGGUUUAGGGGUCCGCUGUAGUAAGGGGGUUCAUCCGUUUUGAUAGUUUGAAGGAGAUUAGCCAAGUGGUCAUGGAUAU